GCCCCCUUAAGGGCCUCUGAUGAGCUAUAUAGGGUGCACCUGCAGGGGCUUGAGCAGGUUUGGGCGGCUCGGCAGGAGAUGGAAGAUGCAAGAGAUCAUUGCUGGGCUAGAGCAGUUCACCUUCACCUUCGAGAAGGAUGUAGAGAUGCAAAAGGGCACUGGACUCCUGCCUUUCCAGGGCAUGGACAAGUCGGGCUCAGCUGUGUGCAACUUUUUCGCUAAAGGGCUCUGUGAGAAAGGGAAGCUCUGUCCCCUCCGGCACAACCGAGGGGAGAAGAUGGUGGUGUGUAAGCACUGGCUGCGGGGACUGUGUAAGAAGGGCGACCAGUGCAACUUCUUGCACCAGUACGAUGUCACCAGGAUGCCCGAGUGCUACUUCUACUCCAAGUUCGGUGAUUGCAACAAUAAGGAAUGUCCCUUUCUCCACGUGAAGCCAGCUUUCAAGACCCGAGACUGUCCUUGGUAUGACCAAGGUUUCUGCAAGGAUGGUCCCCUGUGCAAACACCGCCAUGUCCGUAAGAUCAUGUGCGCUAACUACUUCGGGGGCUUCUGCCCGGAGGGACCCAGGUGCCAAUUUGCACAUCCCAAGAUGAAUCUUUUAUUCAACCCGAGUUUCACGAAGCAGCUUGUCAACUGGCCACGGCGUUCAGCCCCUCCUGCUCGUGCCUGGGAGCCUCGCAGGCCCCCUUCCCGGCCGGAGGGACCGCUUCUCCCCGCUCAGAGGCCCCACCAGCACCUGGUCUCCUACCACCUGGGACUCAGGGCGCCGGAGCCCGGCCCGUGCUACAGGUGUCGAAAACCAGGCCAUUAUGCCAGCAAGUGUAGAAAGACUCCAACAGGUAGGAGUUAUCAAAAAGUAACCCCUGGUCUGUGGGGUAACUGAAGACCUUCUAGUGAAGACACCCAGUGGCCACGCUGUGGGGUCCUCUCUGUUCCCAGUGAACCCUACUGUCUGCCUCAACAGGGUAGGAGAUGUGGGAGUAGCGUGCUGCAUUCGGGCUUAUUUCCUCUCAUUCUGUCCGUGAACGAGCUGCUAGAAACACAACAGGACUGGAGGCACGCAACCUGUGGCAGGACGAGUUAGCCAUAAAACGGGGGAGCAGAAUGUACAUAAACUCUGAACCCAAGCUAGUGGGAACAGCCGCCCCCGUCUGCGCGGCUCCCGCACCCGCUACAAGACCAGCCUGGGCUGCACGGGGCAGUUCCCGUGCACGUGGCCUCACCUGCUGCUGCAAACUGGUGAUUAAACUCCAUGGUUUCCUUUGGCAUGACAGCUGCUUCCCUGUUACGGCUUACUUAAAUUUAAGGCUGGAUCCUGUGCCCGCCCGAUGUGAGGAAUUAUGGGGAGGGAGACGGUACACACCAGUCUUAUCCUGGAGAGGUAGGGGCGUGACCUGGACCAUUUAAUGCCAUUCUGUUUACGUGGAUGCGGGAGUCAAGUGAGUCUGACCCACUGGGAGAGGAGCGGGGAGGUUAAAGUAGAGACUUUUGGAGAAAUGGAGAAAACAGUAGAAGGUGUGAGUAGGACGCACCCCCCCACCCCCACCAGCCUGUGGCAGGUGGAGACGGCCACCCGGCCGCCUGGAGCUAGAAGGUAAGGGGACAGGGUGAUCGAAGAACGAGGCCCGCAGGUUCUGGGGGCCUGCACGGCAGCCCCGCCCGGGCUGCUGAGACAAAUACCACACAGCCGUGUAGGCAAACUACUCAGCCUCAAGCCUCAGUCUCCUCAGUGUGACAAAUAAGCGUAACGGCGCCAGCCUCCCAGGGUGGUCCUAAGGAUGGGAUGAGAGAAUGCAGGUAAAGAACUCUGCACAGCACUUGGCUUUGACAGAGCAGGCCCUGGAGGGUAGCCACGUUUUAGCGGGGAUUGUGGCGGGCUUGUUCUCGCUUGGUUCACAUUUAGAAUCUGAAGUAGCAUGAGGCCACAGGGGGUUCAGAAGAGCCGUUAGAAUUUAAUUCCUACCACACGUGGGCCCUUGCUGGAAUUUACCGACGCAGGGCCUCUAAUCCCACCAAGUCUCUGCAAAGUAGGUAUAACUGUCCCCACUUUACAGUCCAGACCUCCAAAGAGGCUCCAGGAAGUCAGACAACUCGCCCCAGGCCACAGCCACCCAUCUCAAAGGUGAGGGUCUGGAAGAGGCAAAUAACCAGGUGAGAGGAAAAAUUUAAAACUACUGUUAUGAACAGUGGCGGUAGGAACAUACAGGAGGAACACAAGGAGCAGGGGAAUUAGGAUAAUCUGCAAAUCAGGGUAAAGGACUAAGAACAGCGGCAGCGAGGUUUCCCGGAACAAGUAAUAAAACACCCUGUUGCUAAUACACAAAUGAUUACCUUUAAUAACUAAAUACUUUGGUAUGUAUUAGAAGAAAGUACUUUCCCCAGUAAACUCCGUAUUUCAGAUACAGUCACUCAGGCUUCAAUCCCAGGAGCUAAGACCAGGGAUAACCCACCCUACACAGACCACGUGGGCACAGCCAUGGCCUUUGGGCCUGCCCGGAAGUAUUUCCAACUUUCUGGAACGCGACCCUCCCCUGAAGUCUUCUCCAAGGCGGAUACAGAUCGCUCGUAUGGAUUCUCUGCACGCUGCUGGAAGAUUCGUUUGGGAAUUCGUGCCUCUGUCUUGGAAGCAGAACCUAACCAACACUGUUGCUCACCUGGGGGCGGGCUCAUCUAGGGGGGCUCCUGCCCGUGCUGUGGGAGGUAGGAGGCAUCAUUUUGGGAGACGACAUCAAGGAGGCCGUUUAACAUGGAACAUCAGGUUAGGAGCAUCCCUGGCUUCUUUUUCUUGGCUUUGUGAUGAGCAGCUACUCCUGACUCACGCCUGCAGGUAACAGGGCCUCACUCAUCUACGAUCCCAGGUUUGAAAAGAAUCUCUCCUCUUUCUGGGUGGAGCCCUGCAUCUGCCAGGUCACAGACAGGAUUAGGAUUGGCUGCGCAAAAGAACUGAUCCUGCAGGGAUAUUUGCAGAUUUGAGCACUAAAUGUAGCCUCAUGAGCCAAGUUUACAUUGCUACUGUAAGCGGAAACUGCUCCUUUGAUCAAGCACUUUGUCUGGACUGGAAUCUAGGACAAGAAUCAACGGCUCUGCUGACCUCAACAGCUCAGACUGUUUGGAACAUUAUGAGGAAAUCGUUAAAAGACCUGAUGAAAGGUCUUCAAGCACCCUCUCACCCCACAUGGCAGAAAUGCGAGUGGCCAGAAACCAAGGAACUCCAGCAUCUGGAGAUACUAACGGCUUCUUCAAAGCCUCCCGGACCAUUUAAGAAUCCACGCUCAGUACUGGGGAGCCUGGGUGGCUCAGCUGGUUAAGUAUCCGACUUCGGCUCAGGUCAUGAUCUUACAGUUCGUGAGUUCGAGCGCCGCGGUGGGCUCUGUGCUCAUGGCUCAGGGCCUGGAACUUGCUUCAGAUUCUGUAGCUCCCUCUCUCUGCCCCUCCCCUGCUCGCACGCUCUCUCAAAAAUAAACAUUAAAAAAAAAAAAUCCACGCUCAGUAUCAAAUUCAGAGGCAUCAGUUAAGCCCUUUUCUUCUUUCCUACACAUGGGUCAGGAUUCUUGGUGCUGACCAUGUCAAACUAAAAAAUCUUUUUAGUGCAGGAUCCCACCUUCAUCUUCAACUUGGUAAAAUGAAGCAGCUAGCUGUCCCUCUAGGACAGCUGGUUCAUUUAGUUUGCUCUUCACAUUAAGGAACUUAUUUUCAGGGAUAUAAAAUACCUACUGUGACAUAAAUUAAGUAGAAUGUUUUCACUGUUCUAGCAUUCUGAUUCUGACAAAUGACACUCUCUUAUUUACAGUAGUGGUAAUAGGUCUUGGGGCUCCAGCCCCUGGGGACCACCACUGCACCUGUGUUUGGACAGCAGGGGGUGGCACCAGGGCACUAAGGCAUUAGGUCAAGAAGGGCUUCUACUGAAAUGUUUCCCAACCCAAACUGUCUUAGAGCAGGGAUCCCAAGUUGCCUUACACGUUCCAAACGCUCCCAAUGCAGGGGCUCGUGGCCUUACCUACUCCAAAUGCGGGGGGGGGGGGGCGGGAAGGGGGUCCCGCUCCCCCCGGGCAGGGUCAGCACACACUUCCAGCUUUGCAAACCACGUGGUCUCUGCUGUAACUACUCAGCUCUGCCACCAGAGCAGAAAAGCUGCCCCAGACCACGCUUAACAGAAGGAGCAGGGCUGGGCUCCAGGAAGACCUUAUUUACAAAACAGGGCGUGGGCUGGAUCAGGCCACCACGCAGCUGCUUGAGGGGUUUGGGGCUAGAGGGCAUCCCAGGCGGGCAGCAUGCUCUUCCACCUCGACUCCCUGACAGCUCCCGACCCGGACUAAGGACCAAGGGAGAAGUGUAGGGAGCACCCCCCGCCCAAGUGUCUCCCUGAAAGCACAUUUGCAGAGAGUGGCCACAAAGCCCCUUCAAAAGGAAAGAUCCUGUUUUUGGAAUUCCAAUGCAGUCCUCAGUAAUACAAAUGCUCUUCUCUCCUCAACCCUGAAUCUUUUCCUUUUGGGGAAUUCUAGUGUACCUUUUCCCCAACCAGGAGAAACUGAUGCGCGAUUAAAUUACUCCCACUGGGGAUAAUUAGAAGGGGAGAGAGACAGGGGACUGGGAAGAGAAAAGGCAGAUAAAGCAGAAGAUAGAGCCAGAAUUCAAGUUUUGAGAGGAGAGAAGAGACGUGCAAAUAAAUCAAUGCUGGCCUCGGAACAGCACACUGCGUUUUCUGUAGUUUUGAAAGAGCUGGGAUGAAAGAGACUAACCUCCUGUAUUUGGCAGGAGAAUAUCCCAAGCAAAGCUAAAAUAUACGUGUGUGUGUGUGUGUGUGU